AUGGCACCUUCAGAAAACUCAGGCAGCAGUGGCAAGCACAGUGUAGUCGUGACAGCUCUAGACGGAGUCAUAAAUGUGAACUCACUCUUUACCAUUGCCAUUUUUGUGGGACUAUCUCUUGCAUCUCCAGGGCAAAAGAGCCUCAACAGUAGCGAACGUUGUCAGCCAGGGAUUCUAACAGUAAAACAAUUAGUGAUCUUCGAGGUGCUUUCGUUCAGUUUCUUCCUCUUCUCAUCACUAGUAGCACAGGCCAUAAAACUCUCCCUCAAUCUUCUCUAUAGCGAAGAUCUGUCUCAUGGUUUCAGUGUUAUUGUCAAUGGUACACUCCUUAGAGCAGGAAUGUUGAUGACAGCCAUUUCCUCUGUUCUGGGGUGCUUGUUUCUCAUGGUUUCUAUGUUGAAUGUGAUUGAGAUCAAGACUGGGAUGCUAUUCUGUGGAGCUAAAUCUACUAUUCUAUCAGUUACUUUCCUCAUAAUCCUCGUUUCUUCUGGUCUUUUGGUGUAUAUUUCUGCUGCAUGGUAUGCAUUUAUCCACGCAAACGUCCACCCCCAUGAAAACAGGACUGCUUGA